ACAACAAAUUUGCGAGGAAUCGUGCUCAUUCGACGUCACAGGAGUUGCAUGUUUGUACGUCAUCGGGUGUGCAGGGACCUGCCAUUUGAGUCACAUGCCAAGAUUUCCACGAUCUCCCCGAAUAUAAAUACAGCAGUCGACUCGCAGCUCGUUAUCAGUCCAGCCGAGGGGUGGUUGUAUUUUCGAUUGUUUUGGAGGAAAAGCGAUCAUAUUUUCUGGGACAUUCGAGACUUUCAGCUUCAUAUCAAGAUUUGGAGUGCAAGGAAAGACUUUGAAAGGAGUUCUUUAAUUAGAGGUAUCCUCAUAUAGUUGCCAUCUUGUUUAGGAUCUCAGAUAUCAAGAUUUUUUAUAGAUCAUGAGCCAGGCACCAGCUGUAGCAAAGUCCAGUGCACCAACGCAACAAAUGGCCAGUAUGUCACUAUCAGCAGGAGCUAUUGUGAGGGGUACAGGCACAGUGAAACCCAAGGCAAACUUCAGUGGUCAGAAGGAAGCAGAAAUCUUGAGGAAAGCAAUGAAAGGAAUGGGUUGCGAUGAGACGGCAGUGAUAUCAGUAGUAACAACGUGCAACGCAGCACAGAGGCGGCAGAUUUCGCUAGACUUCAAGACAAUGUAUGGUAAAGAUCUUGAGAAGAACUUAAAGGGAGAACUUAAAGGAAAACUUGAGACGAUUGUCCUGAAUCUCUUCUAUCUACCUGCAGAGUUUGAUGCACAUAUGCUCAGGAAAGCUAUGAAGGGUCUGGGAACAGACGAAGCUACUCUAGUUGAAGUCCUGUGUACGAGAACCAACGAUGAGAUCCAGGCCAUCAAAGUUGCUUACAAGAAAGAAUUCUCCCGAGACCUUGAGAAGGAUGUAAUUUCCGAGACGUCGGGUCACUUCAAGCGUCUCCUGGUGUCCAUGCUGCAGGGUUCUAGGUCAGAAGAUCAGAGAGUGGACAUAGAAAAGGCCAAAGCAGAUGCAAAGGCUCUAGUCACUGCAGGUGAGGCAAGGUGGGGGACGGACGAGUCAACGUUCAACGCAGUGCUGGCCAGUCGUAGCUACCCACAGUUGAGGGCGAUGUUUGACGAGUAUAGCAAGCAGGUCAAAUAUACCAUGGAACAAUCUAUUAAGAGAGAGAUGUCGGGUGACCUCGAGAAAGGCAUGCUUACGAUAGUGCAAUGUGUACGCAACACACCAGCAUACUUCGCAGAGAAACUGUACAAGUCAAUGAAGGGUCUUGGUACCGAUGAUGACACGCUGAUGAGAGUGAUCAUCUCGAGAGUGGAGAUUGACAUGGUUGAGAUCAAACAAGAGUUCCAGAGGGCGUAUAACCAGAGCCUGGGUAGAUUUAUUAAGGGUGAUACCUCCGGUGACUACAGGAAAAUUCUACUCGCUCUCAUCGGAGGAGAAUAGAAAUGUUAUUACCAGAAAUAUAUAUUGAAUACAUGUAGUGAGAUCUUUUUCUAUUUGAACAUAUCAUCAUCAUAACAAAAUUAGGGUUAUAGAUGUGGGACCUAUAUAAGCUGAAUCAUAAAUUGUGCAAAUUGACAUUUAUCAUUACUAUAUUUUCUACUUUUUAAAAUGCCUGUGUAAUUCUGUGUAAUAAUAGUAUUGUUUGUGGGGUGUAUAUUUUGUAUUAAAAUUGUGUUUGGGUCUUUGAAUAUUCAGAGGUGGAAUAAACAAAAUGAGGUUGAGUGGUUUGAAAUAUUGUAAGAAUUAUAUCCAAUCCUGCAAAUUGAAUAAUGGAACUUACCACACAUAUUAAGUGUUGUAUACAUUUCAGAGUUGCGUCAGAUAUUUUUGUUACUGAUAUCUUGAUAUACAAAUGAUUUACCAAUAGAUACAAGGGACAAUGACUUAGUUUUUCAAGGUAAAAAUUAAAGUAAUGUUUGCAUUUGUGCUAUUGAGGAUGAAGAGGAUGUAAACUUAAAGAUCAUAUAUGUAGAAGCCUUUGUGUCAAAUAUGAAGUUACUUGUCCAUUAUUGAAAAGCUUACAGAGAAGAGUUAAAUGCAUGUUUUCAUAUAUUUAUAGAACACGAGAUGGAUGUAUUUAAACUUUUAUUAUGCAGUUAUUAGGUAAAUGUAGUGUAGCAUGAUUCUAUGUGUAUAUAUGUGGUAGAAGGUAUGUAUAGAGCAAAAAUAGUGUAUAUGAUCAUGAAGUCUGUUUGUGUUUGUAGGAGAUAUUAAUCGAUAAAUAGCUAGAUGGCCCAAAAAAAAAUUGAGGUAAAUUUUCCUUUUUGUUAAGAACAAAAGUAGAAUUUAUUAGUAGUAUAUAUCUGAAUUAACCACUAAGGUAAAUAUGAUUUUUUUUCUUACAUAAAGCAUGGUGUUUGAUGAAAUCUCAUCGUUACAGUUUUGUGUGUAACUGACUAACAUUUUAGGCUUUGUCAGUGGUGAGAUCCUUAAGACCUAAUUAGUGGCCUGGGAUUAUUCUAGGACAACAAGAUAUAUAUAUAUAUACAUUUUUUUUAUUUGGAGUUACUAGGUUAUGGCAUAGUAUAUUGUUGGAACAUACCCACUGCCCCAUGACUUGUUUGCAAAAAUCAUCUGCAGAAAUGCACAAGAAUGAAAAAUGGGCCUUUUCUUAUCCUAUCUUAUCUUAACAAGCUCUUAUGUAGUAAAUAUGAAGCUAUUGCAUUUUGUAUUUAAAACAGUUUUUUUUUUUUUUUGCUUUAAAGUAGCCACAGAGCUUCAAUGAUGAGUCAGUUCUUUGUUUCAGGGGGAAAAAUUAAUUCAAGCUCAAUGUGAUAUUGAUCAGAUUACUUCUCGAUCUUGGAAAUCAAUCGCCAUUUACGUGUAUCUUGCCUCUAAUUCAGCAUUAAUAUGAGAGUGGCAUAUUUUCUACUGGAUAUUAUGACUACAUGCUUUUGAAUGGUACUUAAUGUGACUUAUUCUUAAUCUUCAAAAUGCAAAAUAUGGAAAAAGAAUCUUCAGCACAUAUGCAAUAGAAAAAAAAAUUGUCUUUCUUUUUCAUAUCUAUUCAAUCUAAGUAAAUUUUUCACUUUUGACAUUGAAUCAUAUCAAAUGUGUCCCUAAAUCAUUUAUACAUUUACAGUUGAACUACCUACAUGUAGUUUCCAUUUGUAAUUCACAACUCUAUUCAGCUUAUAUAUUUUUACAUGAUAUUGUACUUCUAGUGAGAUUUCAAAUGUUUAUUGUUCAGUUUAAAAUAUAUCAAAUAUACCAACUUGUAACAUUUUAUCAGAUUUUAUAAUAAAUAUCUUUAGAAACUUGUAUUUUGAUGAAGUAAAGUACAGUGUACUCUGUUAUUUCUAAAAUAUAUUUUCAAAAUGCUGUUCGAUUUUCACUCAAAAAAGAAGAAUGAUUAAUGAAUUACUUUUAUUUUCAUGACUUGAGGUUGUUAUUGUAAUAGAAAUUUUAAGGACUUAAUUUGUCGAACGACAACUACGUUCACCCUCAUUAUGUUCUUGUGUGUAGUAUUUGUUUAGGUAUGAAAUUGAUAGUUCUAACCCAAAACCAUUUACCCUGUAUACAUGUUUUCCAUGUCUCUCUUCUCACUUAUAUCCUGAUAUUUUUGUUUUUAAAAGGGGUUUAUUUUCAGGCUAACCUAUGUGCUUUAUAUUUUCUUUUCUCCCAAUCACGUGCCAAUUAAAGAUUUGUUGCCAUGAUUUUCCAUUUUGUUUUACUUCUCAAAUACAUCUGACAAUUUCAUUAUUGAAUAUAAAUUGAAAUGCAGAAUGAAAUUUAAAGUAAAUUUAAACUGAAGUCUCACGCAUGAGGCAGAAGAGUCCCGCUUUCGGGACUCUUACUCAUCCCCUCAAAUCUCUUUCUCACGCAUGUAUCACAGUCUAUCCUUGUAUACAUUAUACACAAUGCAUGGAGAUCUCACAUGAAGUCACGGUUUCCUACCUAAAAUCUCACACAUCGCUUCUCUUGCUAAUUUGGUUAUAAAAAUUACGCCAUUUCGGGGUGCAAAUUUGAGGAGACCCGGGAGCAGACAUAAGCCAUAAACACCAUAAAAGGCGAUUUUAAGGGAUGGGAUACGAAAUAGUCCUCGCACACGCCGGCACGGCCAGCGCAGCAUUUAUAGAGCAUGGACCUUAUAGCUAGUCUCUUACACCUGGCUCUAUACUAGGCAGCAAGCGUUACCCACACGCCCACAACAUUAAUAAAUUUUUCUGUUUACGCCACUUAGGGUAUCAAAUUAUGGGAUUUCUCUGUUCACGCCACUUAGGGUGGCUUUUCUCAUGGGUUUACGCCGUUUAGGGUUGCAAAUUUAGUUAAUGUAGUUACGCCGUUUAGGGUGCAUUUCUGAGUUUGUCGGACACGGGUGGGUAGAAGUCCAUGUGGAGAGUGAUCCCCCCGGGGGUGUCUCUGGGUGUAAGCCUUCCAUGUGGUCAUGCUAUAUGACCUGAAAUAUUCUAUGACAGACUUGUUUUUUCUUUUUUUUGGGGGGGAACAAAUUAUCCAGCUUUUUCCAUGUCAUUAUUUCUAUGAAAUGUAUUUAUAUCUAUGAACAUAUAGGAACAAUUAUAAUUGAUUGAGGAAUGUCAUUUUAAAUAUAUAUAGCAAAUCCUAACAUAUAUGAUAAAUCUCUCACCCUAGUCCAUAUUUUCAGUUGUAAUAUGUUUUUGGUCCUUCGUUUUAUGUUAUUUAUAAAUGUUUUUGUCUUAUAAUCUGUGAGUAAAAAGGGUAAUCAUAUCAUUAAUCUUGUUGUAAGGAAGGUCAUAUAAAACAUUUGUAAACAUUAAACUUCCAUAUCUGCCUUGAGUAAUGAAAUCCUCAUUUAAACCUACAUCAUGAUGAAUAAAGUGACAAGCAUAUUUUUAUAUGCUCAUUGAGAAAAUCA